GACAUUUGACGUUUAGGACGCCGUUUUGUCUUUGUCAGCUGAUUUUACAAACAUAAAAAGAUAAUUUCUUCGAAUUAUUUGUAUUAUAACUAUUAUUUUACCUUAGUGCCCUAAUAACUAGCAUAUUACCUAAUAAUAAUAUGAACUUUUCGGACAAUGAAGCCGAUGACACAUCAAGCGUUGAAAGCACCUCGAAUACAGACAACACGUCUCGUAGUGAGACUCCGACUAAUUCACGAGUGAAAAAACGCAGAAGAGGGAAGAAAAAGGCAACAAAACAAGUGAAGCCACCUUAUAAGUUCAACUGUAGUGCAAAAGAAGACCAUGGCCAGCCGUUGUUUGGCUGCCAAUUCAACCACCACUUGGGCGAGGGAGAGCCCCAGGUGUUUGCAGUGGUGGGCAGCAACAGAGUCUCCAUAUAUGAAUGCCCUGAAACUGGGGGGUUCAAAUUCUUGCAGUGUUAUGCUGAUCCUGAUGUGGACGAAACAUUCUACACAUGUGCAUGGUCGUACGAAGAAGAGACAUUUCUACCGCUGCUAGCAGUAGCUGGCUCGCGUGGCAUCGUCCGUAUCUUCCAUCCAGCCACUCAAACUUGUAUCAAACACUACAUUGGCCACGGACAUGCUAUCAACGAAGUCAAAUUCCAUCCAAGAGACCCCAACUUAUUACUGUCUGCAAGCAAGGACCAUGCGUUACGGCUAUGGAAUAUCAUGACUGAUGUAUGCAUAGCUAUCUUUGGAGGAGUUGAAGGCCACCGUGAUGAAGUGUUGAGUGCAGAUUUUGACCUGAAAGGAGAACGGAUCAUGUCAUGUGGAAUGGACCAUUCCCUGAAACUUUGGAGGUUGGACAAGCCGUCCAUGAACGAAGCAAUCAAACAAAGCUACAAUUUUAAUCCUCAUAGAGCUCUCAGGCCAUUCAAUUCGUUGAAGGAACAUUUCCCUGAUUUUUCCACAAGAGAUAUACAUAGGAAUUAUGUAGACUGUGUCAGGUGGAUGGGGGAUCUUAUUUUGUCAAAGUCAUGUGAAAACGCCAUAAUUUGUUGGAAGCCGGGCCGUCUGGAGGACACGGAGCUCCGCCCCGGAGACAACUCCGUCACCAUCGUGCACCGGUUUGACUACAAGGAGUGUGAAAUCUGGUUCAUCAGAUUUGCAGUCGAUUAUAGUCAGAGGGUGAUAGCGCUGGGCAACCAGUGCGGCAAGACGAUGGUGUGGGAGCUGGGCAGCGUGGCGGGGGGCUCGCGCGUGUCGCAGUUGGCGCACCCGCGCUGCCAGGCCGCCGUCAGGCAGGUUACUCUCUCCAGAAACGGCAAGGUGCUAUUAGCUUGCUGCGACGACGGCACCAUCUGGCGGUGGGACAGAGUCACAGGAAAAGAGUGCUAGUCCAAAAGGAUAGUCAAAUCAAAUGAAAGAAUUAGGUACGUAAAGUCCGUUUUUUCUUAUGAGUCCAUGUGACAUCAACAAUCUUCACAGUACGUAUAAAAAAUAUAUUUAAUAUAUUGCUGUAAAAUCACUGAAAGACAUGGUAUUUACAUAAUAUGGAUUGUGAUAUACAUAAUAAGACUUACAUCCACGAAGAAAAAACGAACUUGAAUUUAGGAACAUUUUAUUAUGUCCAAACAGCAACUGCCAAGAAUUUGAUUGAAUUCGAAUUAAUUAAUGAUUUUGACUUAUGAAAUAUUUUUUAUUCCAAUGAUGAUAUGUAAUUUCUUGUAAGCGAAAGUGUAUUUAGGCACGAAUGUGUUAGAUUAUAGUGAAUUCGCUAUUAUUUAACUGUUUAGGACUUUUUCUAUAAAAGGCUGAAAUUCAAUAAAUUUUAUUUUUUUUAUAAGACUUUUGAAAACGCUUAUAAAAUUUUUGUAACCAGUCCUAAAAGGGCUAUUAUAAUCAAAUCGACUAAAUAAAGACUGCCUUUAGUAAAAUUUA